AUGGCCCGAAAACGAUACCUACCCACACCAAGCUAUGACAACGGCGACUCCGAUGAUCAAGAGGGCGGAAAAAAUGAUCGAUUCAAUCAUUCGGUGACUGAAAGCCCAUCUGAUAUCACAAAUAUGUAUGGCACCCAUCUACUCACUAAAGACGAUUUCACCGAGCAAGUUUUGAAGAAUAUUGCAGUUGAUAAUGAUAUUCUAAAAACACUGUGCGUCACCCGUGUCUCUCAUCGGAUUCGCCGAUUGCUCCGCCAUUUUGGAAAUACCGCCGGAGCUGAAGAGAUUAUCUUUCUUGCGAAUCAAAAGUGCCGUCUCUUCGCUACUCGUGCUAUUCGCGAAGGCGAGUUUGUACUCGCUCCGGUUCCAGUACUACUGGCAUCGCCAGAAGAAUGUGGGCGCGAUGUAAUGGGAGUAUCGCUGCCGAAUAUUAUUCUUUAUGGCGGACUUCACAGCGAUUUUCAGCAAUAUGAGAUUAUUGCACCUCCAGAGAGCCGUAAGAGAAAGAGAAAUACCGAAUCAUUCAUGUACAGACGAAAGAUCCGCGCAUUAGAGGCGAAAUAUGGAUCGGAUCUUCCAGAACCGCAACAAAAAUACUGCUCAGAUGACGAGGAGAAUCAGACAAAGACUGCAUACGACAAGUAUGAUAUUUGCAUCGAUGUGACCAAUUCGUCGGACGAAAUGAAAGCGAUACGAAGAAAUUGUUUGCCGAAUUGCGCUGUUCGAUACGUUAUCCUUCAUCAACGAAUGGAGGUUUUCAUUACGGCGCAGAGUAAUAUUCAGGCUCAUGAAGAGCUAACCAUCGCCCACGACUACGAUUCGAACAUGUCGCACAAAAUUAUUAAAUGCGCUCAUCCUUAUGAUCCAAACGAUCUCUGUCUGCAUGAAGUGAGCCAAAGAUCUUUAUUUAUUUAA